CAAGAUACAAUGUCGCUUGAGAUUCGCUUGAACUAGGCUAGCGUCUUUGUCCUGCCAAUUUAAGAACUCGUUCUUUUUAAAAGUGAUAAAAUGGGCGGUCAAAAAUAGAAGAGGCGGUGGGAAUUGAGGCCUGCUUUCUGGAGUUCUCUGCGUGCCCCUCGUUUUCCCCGUCCAAGUCUCUUGCCCAGCACCGUUGUCUUGAACCCUCCAAUAGACCUCUCGGACCCAGGUCAGUGCGACGUGCAACGGACAUCAUUGCGGCGUAGAACUGGCAAUCUGUUUCUAGACUCGCUCUCUUCGCCUCACCGUCAGACCACAUUUACGCUUGUUUGUUGACCUCGAUCGGUAUUCGGACUCAGGAUGUCAGAUCCAAUGUACGCCAGGUCAAAGUUCCUGUCAAAAGGGCCCCUGGACCCGAACGAAGCAAAGUGGACGAGACUAGUUAAGACCACUUAUUGCGACCCCAAUGGCGUCGAGAGAACUUGGGAGUCGGCGGAAAGACAGACUCGACCUGCAAACUGUGAGGUAGAUGGUGUCGGAAUUGUAACCAUUUUGGACAAAUCCAGCGGCCCGGAGCUCCUCCUUCAGAAGCAAUACAGGCCGCCAAUCGAUAAAGUCGUCAUUGAAGUGCCGGCUGGCCUCAUCGAUCCCAAUGAAACUGUCGAGGAGUGCGCUGUGCGUGAGCUCAAGGAGGAGACAGGGUAUGUAGGCGUAGCCGACGCGACAAGUACGGUCAUGUACAACGACCCAGGGUUCUGUAACACAAACUUGAACAUGGUCCAUGUCCGCGUGGACAUGUCUCUCCCUGAAAACCAAAAUCCCAAGCCACAACUUGAGGACAACGAAUUCAUAGAGUGCUUCACUCUGCCGCUGGCUUCCUUAUUUGAUGAACUGAAAAGACUGGAAGCCGAGGGAUAUGCUAUUGAUGCCCGAAUUGGGACAAUAGCGGAAGGCAUCGAACUGGCGAAGAAACUGAAGCUCUGA